AUGCAAAACCCCAGUACACAUGAAAACACAGGCUUACAGUCCCAGCCACCUCCUGAGGAGCAGAAUUAUGGAGCUACUGCAGCACAUGUGAGACAUGGUCUGUCCGUGUCUGUGUCAAGGAAUGGUCCAGCAAAGAGAAAUUACCUGAUAGCUGCUGUGCUGUGCUAUGCAAAUUUAAUAAAUUUCAUGGAUUGGUUCAUUGUACCAGGGAUCCUGUUGGAUAUACAGAAAUACUUCAAGCUUAGCGAUGGGGAUACAGGUCUACUGCAAACAGUCUUCAUCUUGUGUUACAUGCUUGCUGCCCCCAUCUUUGGAUACCUCGGUGACCGGUACAACAGGAAAAUCAUCCUUGGAGCUGGUAUUUUCUUCUGGUCUGGUGUAACAUUAGUCAGUUCAUUCAUCAGUGAAUCGUAUUACUGGAUAUUCUUUCUUUCACGAGGACUAGUUGGCAUUGGCACGGCCAGUUAUUCCACAAUAGCACCUACCAUGAUUGCAGACCUGUUUGAGGAAGGAAAAAGGACCACAAUGUUAUCUGUCUUCUAUAUCUUCAUUCCAGUGGGAAGUGGUCUUGGUUAUGUCCUAGCAGCUGGCAUGGCAGAGGUCACAGGUGACUGGCACUGGGCAUUCAGGAUAACUCCUUGCAUGGGAGGUCUAGCACUGGUUCCUCUGAUCCUACUGGUCCCUCACAGGAUCCAGAGAAGGACAGCAAUACACAGAGCACUGAGCAUCUCCGGCACAAUACGAGUAGCAGCUGAGAAACCAGGUGUACAGAGAACUGCCAAGACUACUUGGUGUCAAGACGUCAUAUCACUUGCCAAGAAUUGGAGUUUUGUCUGGUCCUCGCUUGGUCUGACUGCCAUGGCCUUUGUUACUGGAGCCCUGGGGAUGUGGGUACCGCUGUUUCUUUACAGGGCUCAGGUUGCCCAGGGCAUUGUAUCACCAUGCCUCCAAGAAUCAUGCAAUUCAUCUAACAGCCUAAUAUUUGGAGGCAUUACCAUUGGGACAGGAAUCUUGGGUGUCCUUGUUGGGGCAGAAGCUGCAAGAAGAUUAAGGAAGAUAAACAAUAAAGUUGAUCCUCUGAUCUGUGCCACAAGUAUGUUCGUUUCUGCUCUGUGCCUCUACAUAGCUCUGAUGGUGGCCCAGACAAGCAUCCUUUCCACUUUCAUUUUUAUUGCAUUUGGAGAGCUGUUUUUAUCUGUAAAUUGGGCAGUUGUGACAGACAUACUGUUGUAUGUUGUGACACCAGGACGGCAGUCUACAGCUAUUGCUCUGCAGAUUUUGGUGAGCCAUUUGCUGGGAGAUGCAGGCAGCCCAUAUCUCAUUGGGAUUAUCUCCAAUGCUAUCCAGGCCAAGAAUGCUCACUCAUUCCAGUGGAAUUUCUGGAGCAUGCAGUACAGCUUCAUUGUGUGUGCUUUUGUUGGUGUCUUUGGAGGAGGUUUUUUCCUCCUGACGUCUUUCUACAUUGAGGAAGAUCGUAAGGAAGCGGAGCGGCUUUGA